AUGCCUCUGCAUGGGACAUGGGAGUGGGAGAAAAAUUCCUACGGGCUUCUGCCCUGCCCUGCCCUGCCGUGCCGGGCGCGCGUGACGCUGCACUGCCGCGUACGAGGAGGACUCCUCCUAGCAGAGAAGGAAGUGAGGGAUUCGUUGCAUGACCUGGCUCCAAAAGAAUGGAAGGAGAAAAUUCUUGAGAACAUUGACCUUGAAAUUCUGUCUCAGGUACUUGGGUCAGGUUCCCAGGAUGCACAAUACUUGGGGCAGAUUUUGGAGUAUUCUCUGGAUAUGGUUCGCAAGCUCUCUGCUGCUGCAAAGGAGGAUGAGAUGAAGAAAAACCAUGAUAAAUUAUUGAGUGAAUUGUCUACGAAUUCUGAAGUUAACGACGAUGGCAUCAACUCAUUUGUCAUUGUUGUUACCAAGGGCCUUCGUUUCAUCCUGGAAGAAAUAAAGGAACUGAAAGCAGAAGUGAGUAAAGCACGUAUCCAGAUGAUGCAACAGAUCAUAAAAGAGUCGGCUGGGGUUGAGUACCUGCAGAAGGCUUUUGCUGAUCGCUAUGGACCUCCUGAGUGUUGCAUUUUUUAUGGGCUUGGCCCAUUUAUUGAAUAAACUCUAUGAUGUGUA